ACAUUUCAGACUUUACUUAUUUUAGACACAACAGUUAGCAUGUCAAUAACUCUAUAAAACCUUGUUUGGUGCACAAUUUUCUCCCACAAACAAUCCACUACAACAAAUAACAACUAUACUGUUUCAAACCAACAACAGUUUCAGAUUCAUAGUUGCUUUGUAACAGAGAAAUGGCCUACAACUCUUCCCAAAAUUCUCAACCUGCUCUCCCUAUGCACCUGUGUUUCUUCUUGCUCACUUUGUUCAUGUUCCUUAGUUUCUCAUUGUACUCAAGCUACGAGCCAAUAAUGGAGAGCUUCAUGGACCAAGUGAAGUUGGUUCUAAUGGUUUCUCCACUGCUGCUUCUGCUUGUUGUGCACUUCCUUUGCAACUAUGGAAGUGCUGGAGGGGUCAUGUCUACACUGAUUCCUUUGCCAGAGAGAGAGUCACUGCACAGAGCAGGUGGAACUCCUUGGGGGGUUGGGUUGGUUCUUGUUCUUCUUCUCUUCAUGGUCUCUUACCAGUCUUCUUUCCAAGAACGUUGGUUUCCUAUCCUCACAAGGUGAAAAGUGUGGGAUUCUUGGGUUUUUAUCCGUAGAAAUCAAAAACAAGUAUCAUGAUUUACAACAAAGACUCGCACACCCUACUUAACUAAUUAGCUGAAUCCUUGAUUGGAGUUCUUAUUUAUGAGGUAACAUGACAUGGCAUGGAACUUUGUUUGUAAUUACUGUAAUUUAAUAUAGUGAGUUCUCAGGGUUUUUCAUGAAAUGAGAUUUCACUUUGUUUUUGUUCAAAGGGAUAUGGUGUUCUUGCAAUAUAUGAAGAUGUGAUUUUCAGGUUUUUUGGCAUAGAGACUUUGUGUAUAAUUAAGCA